CUUCAUACUGCAACUGUUUUCAUCAUUGAUAGUCUACCGACAGUUCUCUGACAGUCUCACAAUGUCUGACGCUGAAGUCGCCGCCGCUCCCGCUCCUGCCAGCCAAACAAAGAAGGCACCAAAGAAGAAGGCACCAGCAAAGCCAAAGAAGGCAGCAAGUCACCCUAAAUACUGUGACAUGAUCAAGAAAGGCAUCACUAGUCUGAAAGAUCGUGGUGGUUCUUCUCGCCAGGCCAUCUACAAGUACAUCGUGGCCAACUACAAAGUUGACGCUAAUGCCGCCAAAAUUCACCUGAAGCUGGCUCUCCGUGCUGGUGUCAAGAACGGAAAUCUGAAGCAGUCCAAGGGAACCGGUGCCUCCGGAUCAUUCAGAAUCGGAGACAAGGCUGAGAAGACAAAGAAGCCCAAGGCCAAGAAAGCUGUCAAACCCAAGGCUGCCGGAGCUAAGCCCAAGGCUAAGAAAGUGAGGAAGCCAAAGGCUGCUGGUGUCAAGAAAUCUCCCAAGAAGGCAAAGAAGCCAAAGGCAAAGAAACCAGCCGCUGCAGCCAAGCCAAAGGCAGCCAAGAAGGCUACCAAGCCCAAGGCAAAGAAAGCAAAGACCCCUAAGAAGGCCAAGGCAGCUAAGAAAUGAAGUGCGUGAUGCUUGACUUUAUAUGAGAUUAAUUCAUAGACAUAGUGAACUCAUCCGUGUGUUUCAUCGCUACAUCAUGGGCUAGGAUGCCCUAUCAUCGUAGAAAUCAUCGACUGAGACACUAAUCCAGUCCAGUCAUCGCUGUGACGUCCCAUCGUCGAUAUGACGCGGCCCAUUUCAUCGUAGAUCAUUCAUCACAUCUACAUCAUCAUUCCUGUCCGCCAUGCAAGAGUACCUCCCCUCGAACUGAACAAGUGCCCCGCGCCAGAGGAGUGAAAAGUGACAUUAGUGCUCUCGGAACUCUUGUCUUCAUAGGCAGCCAUCAUGAGAUUGAUACAAGUGCUAAUGACUGAAAGUAUCAUGAUCUCGUUCCGUUAUUUAUCGUUGCAUAUUAUUCAUCUGUAAAUACUCAUUGAAAAAACUCAUGUCGUUGUAAAUAGAACCUCAAAAUUAAAAUAUUGAAAUGAUA